AUGGAAGGCAUUCGAAAUCCUCGGCGUAUAAGUGCAAGUAAAGAAUCACGCUUAGCUUUGUUGUCGAAACUGCGCGAGGCAAAAGAAAGAGGUGAACGGCUCGUAAUCGCUCGCCUCAAUCCGGAUAUACGGGCAAGUGAAACAGCUCCACUACGACCGGCUGUUGGUCGUGAUAUACGCAGCUUAUUCGCAGCCACUUCAGCUCAGUCGUUGGUAAAAAAGCGCAAGGAACCAGUGAAUGCGCCGGUGGAUCCGAACCUGGAUGAUUUACUUGCGGAGCUGGAAACGACAGGAGACUCCUCCGUUCCAAUUGAUGACAAUUACUUGAAUCGACCGCGAAAAUCGCGAUCACGAAGUACCAUUCCGUCGCAUCAGACCAAUUCAGCCGAUCGUGUGGUUCCCGCUCUAGAUAAGCGUUUAAGUACAACCGUAACGGAAUCAGGCCCGACUAAACGACAGCGCCACCGGGACCCAGAUAGUCCUGAAAACUACCCUGGCACGAUCAACCAACCUCAGCGUGUGAGUCAUUCACGAAAACCAUUUUCCUCCGGUGCGCAGACUCAAAGUAGGACCCAAGUCACCACAGCCACGGCGAAAAAAUCGAAGACAGGCGGUAAUAGUCCUCCAUCUAGUGUGUCUCUUUAUGACGACGAUCAUGGCGAUGACAUCACUCCGUGUUCUGCGUAUAAGGAAUCACCGACCACGGAUGCAAUAGACAUAUCAGGAAUGGAUUUCGAUGAGGAAUUCAGUGAGCCCCUACCAUCAUCGAAGUCUAGNCCGGUCAUAGAAUCGACAUCGAUGCCUCCUGACUCGCCAAGACGUGUUUCAUCCAAUUCGCCUCGCACAAAACUCAAACCCGAGUGUCCUGCCAGUUGGUUGGCUGCUGAAGCUUCAAACAGCUUGCCUAAUUCGGAGAUCAAGUGGGAGGAAGACGAAUUUGAAGCAAACGUUCCACUGUUCCCUUCCACAGAUGCGACCAGUGUUCAUUUUUAUUGGUUCGAUGCAUAUGAAGAUAUGCGACUUCAACCAGGUACUUAA